AUAAGUAAGCCAAGCUCAGCUAACAAAUAUAGCAGUGUCUUUCAAUUGACUCUACCAUAAAUUUCAGCCACUCUUUGUAUACCAGUUCUUCUUGGGGGUCAUGGACUCAAACCCUAGCCGGUUGAACUGCGGUCAAUUUGGAGAGAAUCAGCUGGAUCCGAAUUUCAUGAGUUUCGAUGAGUUAUCGGAAUUUCUCAUGCUCGAUUAUAGGGUUGAUGAUCAUCAGGAUUUGUCGUCGCUGAGCAUGAUAUCGCCGGAAACUUUUCAUGGUAGUGCUGCUGGUGGUGGUUCAAGUAGCGCAACAUCAAGAAUCUCCAGCACUAAUAGAAAUGCGGCUGCAGUGAAGAAUAGUAAGAUGGAGUUUAAGAGUGAAGGGGGUCAUGGCCAUAGGGUUGCGUUUAAAACGAAAUCGGAGCUGGAGAUCAUGGAUGAUGGAUUCAAGUGGAGGAAGUACGGCAAGAAGUCGGUGAAGAACAGCCCAUAUCCCAGGAAUUACUACAAGUGCUCAAGUGUAGGCUGCGAUGUAAAGAAGAGAGUAGAGAGGGACAGAGAAGACUCGAGCUAUGUGAUUACCACAUACGAGGGAAUGCACAAUCAUGAUACCCCCAAUUGUGUGCAGCUGCAUUUCAAUCCUGCAUCAUUAGUACUGGAUGUGGAUUCCAACAACAUUUGGACUACUUUACGAGCUUCUUUGCAAUCUUCUGCUUCUUCAUAGAUCCCAUCUAUUAUCUACUAGGAUAUUUCAUAAGACAACCAAAAAUUAUGUACAGUAAUAUAUAUGGCAUUGCUUUUCUUAU